UCUUGAGUUUCGAUCUCCAACGUAACGUAAUUCAUACCCUUCAUCCGGACGCCCUUUUCUUUUGGCUCUCUCCUCGGCUUACUCGUACUCUGCCUGUGUUUGAGUGUAUUGAUCAUCGAGGGAUUGGCCCAAGUCUUAAAUAUAGUCGCUUUCCCAUCACUGUCUCCAGCCGGUACUUAGUUUUUACCAGCUCCUUCAACAGCCCUCACGCCGUGCUCACGAUGCUUGAUCCAUACCAACUAGGUACUCUAUGUCAAAAUUGCAACUAUUUCAUGGCAUUGAACCUUGUCGGCCACAUGUCCUCUCCUCUACUUGCCUCCUACCGAAGUAAACAGAUGUCAUUAAGAUUAAGUACAGUGCAAAAUCCCUCCGGGCCUAACUGCAUUCCAUGGUGUAAUCAUGUCUCUGACCACGACGUAUCGGGCUGCGAGAGCAGCCCAUGGCAUGGCUGACUGGCACUCUGUCGAUUUCAUCCCUAUGGCAGAAUACUCUAUGUGGUACGGUAUCUACCUUGAGUUGAGGACUGUUUACGGAGGUCCGGCUGAGCUCACUCACCCGGCCCUCCUUCGCUUCGGCGGGUUUUGGUGGCCUGCAGAUACAAGCAUCAUUAUCAUCCUAAAUCCUCACCUACUGCACGGUAUGCUUCUAAAAACAGCACAGCCAUCUGUGCCACGAAUUUCCCCAGUCGAUCUGUUGUAA